GCGGCGGCGGCGGCGUCGCUUUGUUUCCGCGGCUCCUGCGGCGGUGGCAGUGGUGACGGCUUUUGAGCUGGGGGCGACCAUCCAAGCACCAGCUGCAGGCAACUCCUAGGACUCCCGUGCAUUUCGACCGGCCUCGGACGCCAGGCAGUGCAGAGCGGCGCCCGAGGGUCGCAGAAGUCGCCCAGGCGUUCCAGCAAAAAAAAAAAAACCAAACCCAACCCAACCAAAAAAAACCAAAACAUGACCGCUGAGCCCACGAGUGAAAGCAAGUUGAAUACAUUGGUGCAGAAGCUUCAUGACUUUCUGGCACACUCCUCAGAGGAAUCAGAAGAAACAAAUUCUCCUCCUCGACUUUUGACAAAUCAAAAUAUAGAUAAAACCCGUGUUUCUGGAAAUAAUUCUGAUAUGAUGGAAAAUAAUAAGGAAGAGGGAACUGGCUCUUCAGAAAAAUUCAGAUCUUCAGGAUCAUCGAGAUCAAAAAGGAAACCUUCAAUUGUAACAAAAUAUGUAGAAUCAGAUGAUGAAAAACCUCUGGAUGAAAGUAUAAAUGAAGAAGUUUCUAAUGAAAAUUCAGAAAAUGAUAUUACUAUGCAAAGCUUGCCAAAAGGUACAGUGAUUGUACAACCAGAGCCAGUGCUGAAUGAAGACAAAGAUGAUUUUAAAGGGCCUGAAUUUAGAAGCAGAAGUAAAAUGAAAACUGAAAAUCUCAAAAAACGCGGAGAAGAUGGGCUUCAUGGGAUCGUGACCUGCACAGCUUGUGGACAACAGGUCAAUCAUUUUCAAAAAGAUUCCAUUUACAGACAUCCUUCGCUGCAAGUCCUUAUUUGUAAGAAUUGCUUUAAGUAUUACAUGAGUGAUGAUAUUAGCCGUGACUCAGAUGGAAUGGAUGAACAAUGUAGAUGGUGUGCUGAAGGUGGGAACUUGAUUUGUUGCGACUUUUGCCAUAAUGCCUUCUGUAAGAAAUGCAUUCUGCGCAAUCUUGGUCGAAAGGAGUUAUCUACAAUAAUGGAUGAAAACAACCAGUGGUAUUGCUACAUUUGUCACCCUGAACCUUUGUUGGACUUGGUCACUGCAUGCAACAGCGUAUUUGAGAAUUUAGAGCAGUUGUUGCAACAAAAUAAGAAGAAAAUAAAAGUUGACAAUGAAAAGAGUAGUAAAAUAUGUGAUCACACACCCAAAUUUUCUCCAAAGAAGAUUAGUUCCAGUUGUAAUGGAGAAGAAAAGAAAUUAGAUGAUUCAUGUUCUGGUUCUAUAACCUACAGUUAUUCAGCACUAAUAGUGCCCAAAGAAAUGAUUAAGAAGGCAAAAAAACUGAUUGAGACCACAGCCAAUAUGAACUCUAGUUUUAUUAAGUUUCUGAAGCAGAGUGAAGAAAAUUCAGAAAUCAGUUCUACUCUGAAAUUACGUCAGCUUAAGGCUUUUAAAUCUGUGUUGGCGGAUAUCAAGAAGGCUCACAUUGCAUUAGAAGAAGAUUUGAAUUUGGAAAUUGAAGCUUUGGAUGUUGUACACAAAGAGGAAUAUACCAAAGAGCUUAAAAUCACAGAUGCUAAGUGUGAAACAAAAGUACAAAAAGGAGAAAAACCCUGUACUUUGGAAAAGAGAGAGUUUUCCAAGUCAGAAGCUAGGCCUUCAAGAAAGCAGGUAGAUGGUGAGGGACACACAGAUCCGAGUGUUCCAACAGAGGAGCAGAGGGCAAGUAAAAGUACUAGUGGUGAACAUAGGAAAUCCGAUGGGAAAGAUGAACCGCAGUAUGAACCUGCCAACACUUCAGAAGACUUAGACAUGGACAUUGUAUCUGUUCCUUCCUCAGUUCCAGAAGACAUUUUUGAUAAUCUUGAGACUGCUAUGGAAGUUCAGAAUUCAGCUGAUCAUUGUGGGGAUGGUACCAGUAGAACGGAGCAAGAGCUAGAGACUUCAUCUGUAAAAUUAAAUAUGCCAAAAGACAACAAAGGAGGUAGUAAGUCAAAAUCUACCUCAGCUAAAGUAACAAAAGAAUUAUAUGUGAAGCUCACCCCUGUUUCACUUUCUAAUUCCCCAAAGAAGGGUGCUGAUAGUCAGGAAGUUCCACAAGAUAAAGAUGGCUCUAAAGGUUCUGCACUGAACCUAAAAUCCGAGAAAUGUGGACCUGGACAGGAAAACAGUGAUAAUGAGCAUGUUGAAGAAAAUGAAGUUCCUUUACUUUUAGAGGAAUCUGAUCUUCGAAGAUCGCCCCGUGUGAAGACCACACCCUUGAGGCGACCAACAGAAACCAAUCUUCCAUCAUCCAAUUCAGAUGAAGAAAGUAAUGAAACCAUGAAGGAGAAACAAAAAUUAUUAGGUCCAUUAAGAAAAAAGGAUAAGAGAAAUUCUUCUGACAGUGCUAUUGAUAAUCCUAAACCUAACAAAUUACCUAAAUCGAAGCCGUCAGAGAUUGUAGAUCAAAAUUCCGAUUCUGAUGAAAUGAUAGCAAUCCUGAAACAGGCAAGCAGAAUGAGUCCCAGUUCUUCUUCAGAUACUGACAUUAAUGAAACUCAUACAAAUCAUAAGACUCUGUAUGACUUAAAAACUCAAACAGGGAAAGAUGAGAAAGGCAAAAGAAAACGGAAAAGCUCUUCUUCUGGCUCCGAUUUUGAUAUUAAAAAAGGCAAGUCAGCUAAAAGCUCUAUAAUUGCUAAAAAGAAACGUCAAAACCAGUCUGAGUCUUCAAAUUACGACUCAGAAUUAGAGAAAGAGAUAAAAAGCAUGAGUAAGAUUACGGCUGUCAGAACCACCAAAAAAAGAGUUCCCAAUAAAAAAGACUAUGAUUCUUCUGAAGAUGAAAAACGUAGUAAAAAGGGAAUGGCCAAACAAAGGCCAAAAAGUGUGAAGAAUACCCCAGGGGGAUCAUCUGAUGAUGCUGAAAGGAAACAAGAGAGAAAGAAUUCCUGUCCUAAUGAGAUAGACAAGACUGUGGACUCAAGAGAUCAACUUCCUAAGAAGCAGCAGCCCAGUGUUUCCUUUGAUGGUACAGACAAAUCAUCUCCUGGCAAAGAGGAGAGUUUAAAUUCUCUGGAAGACAAAAAAGGUGCUAAAACGAAAGAAAAGAGUAAGCAUCUGAAAGCUAAAACAUGCAAAAAGGCACCCAUUGGCUUAUCUGAUGCUGCUGAGAAAGUCCACAGGAAAGAGCACAGUGAUGAACUCUCUGAAGAUGAUAAGACACAGAACAAAAAGGAAAUGGAAGAAAAAGAAAAGAAAACUACGGACUCAAAGAAGACAGUAUUGAAGAUGGAACAGCAGUAUGAGUCAUCCUCUGAUGGCACUGGGAAAUCACUUGAGGGCGAAGAAGUUGAUAAUUUUCCUAAGGAUAUAAAACCAAAUAAGGAUGACACAAGUGAUGGAGAAAAGAAAGGUAGAAAAGCAAAAGAUAAAAUGUCCAAAAAGAAAGAAUUAUCUGACAGUGUGGAGAAAUUGCCAGAGAAAGGAGACAGUUGUGACUCUUCAGAAGACAGAAAGACAAAGAGUAGAGUAUCUACUAGAGAGAAGAGAAAAUGCAGGUUACCCCUAAAGGCCCCACGGAAGAGUCAAGAGUGUUCAUCAUCUGAUGAGAAAUACUCCCUGAAAGAAGAUGGUUGUGACUCUUCGGAUAAGAAGCUGAGAAGAAUAGAAUUGCGAGAGAGAAGAAAUUUAAAUUCCAAGAGAAAUACCAAGGGAAUACCAAGUGGCUCAUCGUCUUCUGAUGCUGAGGAAAGUUCUGAAGACAAUAAAAAGCUGAAGAAGCCAAGAACUUCAGCUAAAAAGAAAGCAGGCAGUAUCAAGGAGAAAAAGAGAAACUCCCUAGGAGCAAGUACUAAAAGGAAGCAAAUGGAGAUUACUUCCUCAUCUUCAGAUAUAGGAGAUGAUGGUCAGAAUUCUCUUGGUGAGGGGAGCAGUGAUGAACAGAAAAUUAAGCCUGUGACUGAGAAUUUAGUCCUGUCUUCUUCCCACACUGGAUUUUGCCAAUCUUCAGGAGAUGAAGCCAUAUCUAAAUCAGUGCCUGUCACAGUGGAUGAUGACGAUGACGACAAUGACCCUGAGAAUAGAAUUGCCAAGAAGAUGCUUUUAGAAGAAAUUAAAGCCAAUCUUUCCUCUGAUGAGGAUGGGUCUUCAGAUGAUGAACCAGAAGAAGAGAAAAAAAGAAAUGGAAAACAACUUGAAGUCAAUCCAGGAGAUGAAGACACAAAAAAUCCAGUCAAUUCUGAAUCAGAUUCAGAUUCUGAAGAAUCUAAGAAGCCAAGAUACAGACAUAGGCUUUUGAGGCACAAGCUGACUGUGAGUGAUGGAGAAUCUGGAGAAGAAAAAAACACAAAGCCUAAAGAGCAAAAGGAAGCCAAAAUUCGAAGUAGAAGGAAGGUGAGCAGUGAAGACUCAGAAGAUACUGAUUUUCAGGAAUCAGGAGUUAGUGAAGCAGUUAGUGAAUCUGAAGAUGAACAGCGGCCUAGAACAAGGUCUGCAAAGAAAGCAGAAUUGGAAGAAAAUCAGAGGAGUUAUAAACAAAAAAAGAAAAGGCGACGCAUUAAGGUUCAAGAAGACUCAUCCAGUGAAAACAAGAGCCAUUCUGAGGAAGAAGGAAAGGGAGAAGAGGAGGAUGAAGAUGAGGAGGAAGAGGAUGAAAAUGAUGAUUCUAAGUCUCCUGGAAAAGGCAGAAAGAAAAUCCGGAAGAUUCUUAAGGAUGACAAACUAAGAACAGAAACCCAAAAUGCUCUUAAAGAAGAGGAAGAGAGACGGAAGCGUAUUGCUGAGAGGGAGCGUGAGCGAGAAAAAUUGAGAGAAGUCAUAGAAAUUGAAGAUGCUUCACCCACCAAGUGUCCAAUAACAACCAAGUUGGUUUUAGAUGAAGAUGAAGAAACCAAAGAACCUUUAGUGCAGGUUCAUAGAAACAUGGUUAUCAAAUUGAAACCCCACCAAGUAGAUGGUGUCCAGUUUAUGUGGGACUGUUGCUGUGAGUCUGUGAAGAAAACAAAGAAGUCUCCAGGUUCAGGGUGCAUUCUUGCCCACUGCAUGGGCCUUGGUAAGACUUUACAGGUGGUAAGUUUUCUUCACACAGUCCUCCUGUGUGACAAAUUGGAUUUCAGUACAGCUUUAGUGGUUUGUCCACUUAAUACCGCUUUGAAUUGGAUGAAUGAAUUUGAGAAGUGGCAGGAGGGAUUAAAAGAUGAUGAAAAGCUUGAGGUCUCUGAGUUAGCCACUGUGAAACGUCCUCAGGAGAGAAGUUACAUGCUUCAGAGGUGGCAAGAAGAUGGUGGUGUGAUGAUCAUAGGGUAUGAGAUGUACAGAAAUCUUGCUCAAGGAAGGAAUGUAAAGAGUCGGAAACUAAAAGAAAUAUUUAAUAAAGCUCUAGUUGAUCCAGGUCCUGACUUUGUUGUUUGUGAUGAAGGCCAUAUUCUUAAAAACGAAGCAUCUGCUGUUUCCAAAGCUAUGAAUUCUAUACGAUCAAGGAGAAGGAUUAUUUUAACAGGAACUCCUCUUCAAAAUAACCUGAUUGAGUAUCAUUGCAUGGUUAACUUUAUCAAGGAAAAUUUGCUUGGAUCCAUUAAGGAGUUCAGGAACAGAUUCAUAAAUCCAAUCCAAAAUGGUCAGUGUGCAGAUUCUACCAUGGUAGACGUCAGAGUGAUGAAAAAACGUGCUCAUAUUCUCUAUGAGAUGUUAGCUGGCUGUGUUCAGAGGAAAGAUUAUACAGCAUUAACAAAAUUUUUACCUCCAAAACAUGAGUAUGUGCUGGCUGUGAGAAUGACAGCUAUUCAGUGCAAGCUUUACCAAUACUACUUAGAUCACCUAACAGGUGUAGGGAAUAACAAUGAAGGUGGCAGAGGAAAGGCAGGUGCAAAACUUUUCCAAGAUUUUCAGAUGUUAAGUCGAAUCUGGACUCAUCCUUGGUGUCUGCAACUGGACUACAUUAGCAAAGAAAAUAAGGGAUAUUUUGAUGAAGAUAGUAUGGAUGAAUUCAUAGCUUCGGAUUCUGAUGAAACUUCCAUGAGUCUAAGCUCUGAUGAGUAUACCAAAAAAAAGAAAACAAAGGGGAAGAAGGGGAAGAAAGACAGUAGCUCAAGUGGUAGUGGCAGUGACAAUGAUGUUGAAGUGAUUAAGGUCUGGAAUUCCCGGUCGAGAGGUGGUGGCGAAGGGAAUCUGGAUGACACCGGAAACAACCCCUCUGGAUCUUUAAAGCUGGACGAAAGUAAAGCUACGUCAGCUUCUAAUCCAAGCAGCCCAGCUCCAGACUGGUACAAAGAUUUUGUAACAGAUGCUGAUGCUGAGAUUUUAGAGCAUUCUGGGAAAAUGGUACUUCUCUUUGAAAUCCUUCGAAUGGCAGAAGAAAUUGGGGAUAAAGUACUUGUGUUUAGCCAGUCUCUCAUAUCUCUGGACUUGAUUGAAGAUUUCCUUGAGUUGGCCAGUCGGGAGAAAACAGAAGAUAGAGAUAAACCUCUUAUUUAUAAAGGUGAAGGGAAGUGGCUCCGCAAUAUAGACUACUACCGUUUAGAUGGCUCUACCACUGCACAGUCACGCAAGAAGUGGGCUGAAGAGUUCAAUGAUGAAACCAAUGUGAGAGGGCGAUUAUUUAUCAUAUCCACCAAAGCAGGAUCUCUUGGAAUUAAUCUGGUAGCUGCUAAUCGAGUAAUUAUAUUCGAUGCUUCUUGGAAUCCAUCCUAUGAUAUCCAGAGUAUAUUCAGAGUUUAUCGCUUUGGACAAACAAAGCCUGUAUAUGUAUAUAGGUUCUUAGCUCAGGGAACCAUGGAGGAUAAGAUUUAUGACCGGCAGGUAACUAAGCAAUCUCUGUCUUUCCGAGUUGUGGAUCAGCAGCAGGUUGAGCGGCAUUUUACCAUGAAUGAGCUUACUGAACUUUAUACUUUUGAGCCUGACUUAUUAGAUGACCCUAAUUCUGAAAAGAAGAAGAAGAGGGACACUCCCAUGCUGCCAAAGGAUACCAUACUUGCAGAACUUCUUCAAAUACAUAAAGAACACAUUGUAGGAUAUCAUGAACAUGACUCUCUGUUGGACCACAAAGAAGAGGAAGAGUUGACUGAAGAAGAAAGAAAAGCAGCUUGGGCUGAAUAUGAGGCAGAAAAGAAGGGACUGACCAUGCGUUUCAACAUACCAACUGGGACCAAUUUACCCCCUGUUGCUUUCAACUCUCAAACUCCUUAUAUUCCUUUCAAUCUGGGAGCCCUGUCAGCAAUGAGUAACCAACAGCUGGAGGACCUUAUUAAUCAAGGAAGAGAAAAAGUUGUGGAAGCAACCAACAGUGUGACAGCAGUGAGGAUUCAGCCUCUUGAAGAUAUCAUUUCAUCUGUAUGGAAGGAAAACAUGAAUCUCUCUGAGGCCCAAGUGCAGGCAUUAGCCCUGAGUAGACAAGCCAGCCAGGAGCUUGAUGUGAAGCGGAGGGAAGCGAUCUACAAUGACGUAUUGACAAAACAACAGAUGUUAAUCAGCUGCGUCCAGCGAAUACUUAUGAACAGAAGGCUUCAGCAGCAGUACAAUCAGCAGCAGCAACAACAAAUGACUUACCAGCAAGCGACACUGGGCCACCUCAUGAUGCCAAAGCCCCCAAAUUUAAUAAUGAAUCCUUCCAAUUACCAGCAGAUUGAUAUGAGAGGAAUGUAUCAGUCGGUGGCCGGUGGGAUGCAGCCCCCACCACUUCAGCGUGCCCCACCCCCCAUGAGGAGCAAAAACCCAGGACCUUCCCAAGGGAAAUCAAUGUGAUUUUGCACUAAGAGCUUAAAGGAUUGUUAAAAUCAUAGAAAGAUCUUUUAUUUUUUUAGGAAUCACGACUUAACAGAACUCAACUGUAUAAAUAGUUUGGUCCCCUUUAAAUGCCAAUCUUCCAUAUUAGUUUUCAAUUUUUUUAAAUAGGGCAUACCAUUUCUCCCUGACAUUUGUCAGUGAUGUUGCCUAGAAUCUUCUUACACACAAUGAGUACAGAAGAUAUUUCAAAUUGUUUUCAGUGAAAACAAGUCCUUCCAUAACAAUAACAGCUCCCCAGUUUCCUCUCAAAUUUUUAUGCCUGCUUUUAGCAACCGUGAAAUUGUCAUAAAACUAAUGAAUUUAGAAAAAGAAUAUAAAGAUUUCUAUAUUCGUUCUUUACAUAUGAAAACCACACAGCUGAGUUCUUAGAGUUGAUUCCUCAAGUUAAUGAGCUACUUUUGUACUUAACCCAUUUCUGGAUUAGAGUAAUUGAAAUGGUCUUAAUGUUCUUUUGACUGAAGUCUGAAACUGGGUUCCUGCCGAUUUGUGUCCGUGGUUGAAAGUUGGAAACUAAGAAUUAUCCUUGACACAGAAUUGUGUGCAAUAUCCUUCAAUCCUACUACUACUCUAAAGUCAGGGAGGAGUCUGGCAGGUAGCGUAGCAUUUUAGAAACAGCCUUAAGUACAGCCUAAGAAGAGAAUUCCUUAUUCUUCUAGAGUGUUUCUGCCAUUUUUAUUUUCAGUUCAAUGUGCUGAAAGAAUUCCUGGUAAACUUUCAGGGUUGUGGAUUCUCUUCCCCACAUGCAUUUUCUUUCUUUCCUCUGGCACUGAUACAAAGCACAUCUCCUCUCUGCACGGUGCCAGUGCUAGUGCUUCAUCCUGUUGCUGGCAGUGGGAUGUGGACUGAGAAAAUCAAGUUUCUAGCAUUUGGGGAGAUGAGCGCUGAAGUUGUGGUUGUGGGUUCACACCCUGUUUUUAGAAACAACACCAAAAUGGCAGAACCAUUGCUGACUUUAAGUUCACAUGAGGAAUGUGCUUGAACAAUUCCCAGUACUGUCAGUAUUGUGAGAUAGAUAAUUCCUCUUUUUAAAGAUAAGGAUCACUGGCUUCUAUGCUUUUCUGUUCUCUCAUCACUGUUCUGUUCCCAAAUUUCCUUACAUUUUUCUCAAAAAUUUUUAGAGCUUAUAUAUAUAUAUAUAUGCAUAUAUAUAUGUAUUUUGUUUUCAGUUUAGAUCUGUGAGGUGACUUCUUAAUGGAAAUUAAUUCAUGUAGUAUUCUUUUUUGAAAUUUUACUUAAAAACCCAUUACCUUUCUUUUUCUUCAGGUUUUUUUUAAAGACAUAAUUUUAUUCAUAUUCCUUUUGGUUGCUUGAAUUUCCUAAAGAAAAGGAUUGUUUUUGACUACCAGAGUCAACUCAACAUGGCAAAACCAUUUUUGAGAUGGUGAUGAAACAGGUUAAAAACAGAUAAAAGAAUUCUGGGGUUAGGGUGGGGGAGCUGCAUGGAGGAUUUGCUUUGCUCUCACUGGAUUAGGAUGAUCUGAACAUUAGCUAAAUUUUUUUGGAGUCAUUUGGAUCCGAAAGAGGUUUCCAUUUUUAUCUUGGAAGAACUUCGUGGGAAACUGUCCAUAAGCACUAGAAUUAUAAUAUAGAACUUGUGAGGUCCAGUGGACCCACCCCCUGCCCUCCAUUGGUAAAAUGUUGCCAACCAAAUGUGUGGAUUUAGAUAUCACACCAGCCAUAUCACAAAAUUUAUUUAAUUGGGAUGGGUGUGGAGGGGUGCAGGUGUAUGUUUACUUUAGAAGCAAUGAAAAAGACAAGAUUUAUGAUAUAAAUAUCUGAGGCUAGUAGUCUCUUGGCCAACUGUUGCCAGUUGGUGUUUCUAAGUCCAGAUCACUUUAAACCUCAUUUACCAGACCUGGGGAUUUUCAGCAUGGUCUAAUUAUUUACUCAAAGCUAUAGAUGUGAACAUUAUAGGCAACCUUCUAAACCGUUUCAUUGUGGAUUCCACUCUGAACUUAAAGAAUGAUACUUAGAAGGACUAAUUGGAAUCAGAGUUUGAAAUAAAACUUGGACCACGUUGCAUACACUUUCCUCACUUGACAUUUUUAGCUACAUAAUCUGUACUUUGAGUAUAACAUCGAGUUUUAACAAAUAAUCUGAAGAUAAAAACCACAUCAAAUACUAAAAAAGGCUCAUUUUUUAUAUUUGUUUUAGAUGUUUUAAAUAGUUGCAAUGGCUUAAAAAUGACGAUUUAAAAUGUUGCUUGUAAUACAGUUUUGCCUGCUAAAUUCUCCACAUUUUGUAACCUGUUUUAUUUCUCUGGGUGUAAAGCGUUUUGCUUAGUAUUGUGAUCUUGUAUAUGUUUUGUCCCAGUUGUAUAGUACUGUUUCAGUCCAUCAUCCAGCUUUGGCUGCUGAAAUCAUACAGCGGGGAAGACUUGCCUUUGUUUCUGUUAGACUGCUUUUUGGUUCUGUAUUGAGUAUCUUAAGUACUGUAGAAAAGAUGUCAUUUCUUCCUUUAAGGCUGUUUUGUAAUAUAUAUAAGGACUGGAAUUGUGUUUUUAAAGACAAGCAUUCAAGUAUGACAAUAUACUAUCUGUGUUUUCACCAUUCAAAGUGCUGUUUAGUAGUUGAAACUUAAACUAUUUAAUGUCAUUUAAUAAAGUGACCAAAAUGU